CAAUUACUUCUACUUCUUUAUACAAAAACAAUAAUUAUAAUGUCAGUAUUCCUACGUCGCUUUGGUAGCCUUGUACCUGAAAAGCACUACAAACCACAAAACCAUCGUGAACGCAAAAGAUCACUCCAGGUCACCAUCAGUAAAGACCCACCAGUAGUACAGUACUUUGUCCGAGACACAUUAGAGGACUCCUUCGAAUGCAUCUUUGAUCCCCUUGUGCACCACGACGAAGAAAAGGACCAUCCUGACCUCGAACGCAAAAAGCCUUUUAACAAGCCAUGGAAAGAUGUGCCUUGUACAAACAGUCCCUCAAAUGUCAGCCUACUCUUUAGGAAACUCGGAUUCUCACGAAAAGUCAAUCCUCCCACCGUGUCACUCUUUGCCUAAAUUUUUACAAUCAUCAUCGCACACACACACCACACAUCUUUGUAAUACUCUUUUUAUUUAUUUAUUUAUUUAUACUGUAAAUCAUUGUACAUAUACUCCAUAUAUUUUUACACACCACACACUACACUUUACACUUUACACAUUUCAUACAUCUAUUUUAUCUAUAUACAUAUACAACUUUUUAUAUAUUCUUUUCCAACCAACCAAAACAAUCGUUCUAUUACUCAAUUCAUGGUCUAGCUAUAUAUAUUCAUGGACUUUGAAAAGAAAAAAAAACAUUUGUGGAUCGUAAAAAGAUGUUGAAACUUUCACCUAUUUUUCGUUCAUUUAAUAAUAACAAUAAUUUUAAUAAAGUAUAUAACUAAAUACUCUC